AUGCUGCCCCGCGGCUGGCGCCGCCUCUCCUGCUGCCGGCUCCUGCUGCUGCAGAACCGUUUGAACGAUAUCUUGGAUGGCCACCACCACGCCGACUCCAAGGUGCUGACUUUGUUCUUCUACAGGCUGGCCCCGGCCUGGAACGGCAAUGAUGGCAACGGCACGGACAUCUACACCGAUCUGACCGUCUGGGACUUUGGCACGCGCUUCUAUGCCAUGUCCACCGACAUCGUACAGAACUACUACCAAUGGCGAGACCGAGGUGUACGAAUUGCAGAUACGGCAGCGGGGCAGUUCCUGUUGAAGAGCGGCCCCGACCUGUGGCGUUUGUCUCGCCAGAUCUUGGACGCCUUGUUGUACGAGGCAGCGGACAAUGUGCACUGGGUGGACACGCUGCAGCUGGUCUUCUUGGCGGUUGAGGGCACGGUCAUCAGUUCAAUGGCGGCACUGUACCUGGCAUAUCUGCUGCGUGCUGUGGCAGCGCAGCGGCACAAGCUGUACAGCACCUUCUUGGUUGUGCCCCUGGUAGGCUACCGAUCUAUCUAUCUAUCUAUCUAUCUAUCUAUCUAUCUAUCUAUCUAUCUAUCUAUCUAUCUAUCUAUCUAUCUAUCUAUCUAUCUAUCUAUCUAUCUAUCUAUCUAUCUAUUUAUCUAUCUAUCUAUCUAUCUAUCUACUAUCUAUCUAUCUAUCUAUCUAUCUAUCUUUCCAAUAGCUGGCACAAAAUGGCGCAUCAUCUCGAUACGCAUACAGGGUCUCACACGAGCGCUGGCCUCCCAAAAUACCAACUUAUUGGUCGACGAUGACGACGAGGACGACCUCAGCGAUGAGGAUGAGCGUGCUGCCGGGGCAAUUACAGAAGACGAAAUGGACGCAGCUGACGGCGUUGCUGCCAAGGCCAAGCGCCGCGCCACCCUCAAUAUCUCAGAGGUAGCCUCGCCCUUGACGGGCGACGGCGCAGAGGGCGCAGCCUCGCGUCGUAUAUUGGGCCGCACAUCCAGUGCCCGUGGCGGCAGUGGCGGCGGCGCCAUGGGUGGCGGUGAAGGUGGUGUGGCGGAGCGCGGUCUAUCCAGCGAGAGGCUCCUGCGGCAGCGCUCCAUGACAGCGGACUCGGUGGAAGGCAGGCAAUCAAGCUGGGCCGGUUUCCGGCUGUUCCAAUACCUGCGAGCAAUCACCCGGCGAGGCCGGGGUGUGGUACCACUGCCACAAACCAACAGCUUGACAACCGCCGUGGCGCUGCCCCCCAGCAAGCGCACGCUCAAGGACGACUCGCACGAGACGUUUAUCAUGAUGACGCCCUUCGUUUUCUGGUCUGCGGUGGUCAUCACCAUCUACUCUGUCGCCGUGAUCUAUUUGAAGGGUGUUGUGGAGGUGGUCGCAAUCCACUCUGUUUCCAACUUCAUGUCGGCCCGGACGUACCGUACGGUCUUCUUCAGCCAGGAGCUGGCCGUGGUUGAGGACCCGGCGCUGCUGCCUGCACGCCGCGCUGCACUCUUAACGGCGAUGAAACAGAUGCGGGACGCAUGGUACACUCUCCAGCUCGGGGAGAACGCCUACAGGGCUGCAGGAGCAGGAUCCACUACGGAGCGCUUUCCGCUGGUCAAGGAUGGCUUGGCAUACGCAUCGCCAGAGCUGGCGAGCGUCUUUUACGGCACCGGCAGGUGUCAUCGAACCCAUGAAAACCUGCCCUGUUUGGGUCCCGAGAGCCCCUUCUACCAAAUCACUCACACGGGGUUGGACAGUAUGAUGCAGCACUUCAUGAUGCGGGUGUCAGACAUGGCCAGAAAUCAGAGCAAGACGCUGGGGGGCCUUACGGACGCGAACUUCAAUUUUAUAUACAACGUCGGAUCGAAGGACCUCUUGGACGGCACCGUCACCGUGGAGGUGCUGCAUUACGACACCAUUACCGCUCUCUUCCACCGCAUUCUGGUCCUGCAUGUGGUCCUGUUCCUCGUCCUGUGGAUAGUCUUCGCCGGCUUCCUCAUCUUGCUGCUUAACCCGCUGCUCAAACGCAUCUCAAAAGAGCGUCGCCGCAUCGCGGAGUUGAUGAGUCAGCUGCCCCUGGAGCUUGAUGUGGAGAGGCUGGUGGCUAGGGCGCUGGGCACCCUGACGGCGCCAGGCGGCCCUGGCGCACCGGGGGCCGGUCUGGGUGCAGGCGCUCUCUCGGCGGGGCAGCUGUCUGACAUUGGUGUUGAAGCGGCCGAUGAGCCUCCGGGCAAGGGAGAUGCCGCCAGCAGAUGGAAGGCGAUUAUCAGGUUGGCCGGAUUGGCAAGUAGUACGGAUGGUCCCGCAUGCACGUGCGGGACACAGUAUCUCAACGUGCUUACCUGCCAGACAAAGCAACCAUGCAUGGUCGCCUUUGUUUGCUUCGCUGCUUAUUUGCCCUGCAUAUACCAUUGUGAUCACGUGAGUUACUAUCGAGUUCAGCUAGCUUCGAAGACGUUAUAG